AUGAUCUUCUCAUGUCGAGGACACCUACCAUUGGAUCCUUCUGUGAAAGCAGAACCCCAAACUCAAGGAUCAUUACUACUGACCUAUCACAUUUCAACCUGUCCCACUCCAGUCAAUGCAUCGAACGACUCCAUUCAUAUCGGAAUGAUGGAUAAACUUGAUCGGCGGAGUAUGUCCGUCAACGGCUCUCCAGUACAAUGGCCAUCGCGUUUACCUUAUGGUCAGUACCCACCAAGUCAUAGUGAAUCAUUCGGAAAAGAUUGCAGUCCAAAACUUGGCAAAAACAUCCACCCACAUCCGAACCAGCCGGUUGAUCGCUUGAAGAUUGAUACUUCAACCCCUAAGUUAUCAAAUCGUUUGUUUGAACUACUAGUGAUAUCCAAGAAAAUACGAAUGGGAGAGUUGAAUGAAACUGGAUACGCGUCAUCUCCAUUUCCAUUAUUCAUUACUGCAAUAAAACAUAGAACCAUACCAUCUUUACAUUGGAAAAACGAUGGGCGAACUCUGGUUCUGUUCGGAAGAGCAACACAUUCUUCUUCUUGUUCGAGAGAAGAAUCUGCCAUUAACUACCUCAGCUGCUUGAUUGCUGGCAUCCUGAUGGCUUCCAAAGUUUUUGAUGGAUCGGAAUCUAGCUGGCUGAACAACUCCAGACUGAGCAGCCAUCCUGGCGAACAGACUACUCUGAUCGUCGAGGAGGGUUAUCGGUUUGUCAAAUUCAACAAGCUCUCCCUUUUCGAACACCUGCAAGUUGUUGCGAACAUAAGCACUGUUUGCUCUUUCAAACCCUCUUACCAUUAUCAUAUCAGUGUUCAUUAUGGUGUGAAGACGGUGAGCAACAGUGAUGAUAGUCGCAUCUUUGAAGAAGUUUCGAAUUGUUUUCUGGAUACACGCAUCGGUCACUCCAUCCACGUUGGCAGUAGCUUCAUCAAUUACAAGUAUACGAGACCGAUGGAUCAUGGCACGAGCAAGACAGAAGAGUUGACGUUGGCCAACUGA